AUGAGUUAUACUUCCAUAAAUCACGCUGGCGGGACCUUGGGCGGCGGCCGGCCGCCACAGCCUGAAGCUCCCCGCCCGUGCUCCGGCGGCUGCGGAUUCUACGGCACGGCGGAGAACAAGGGCCUGUGUUCCAAGUGCUACACGGCCCACCUCAAAGACUUGAUGGCCAAAACAGAGACGGCGGUUAUUGACAAGCGGGAACCGGAUGAUGUUACGAAAACCGAAAUCUUGAAUAAACCGGCGACUCCGGUUCAUGCGGAGAGAAAGAGAUGUGGAGUCUGUAACAAAAGGGUAGGGCUAUUGGGGUACGAGUGCAGGUGUGGGGCCACUUACU